AUGAACGUGAACCCCCACUUACAGUACCUUCAUCAGAACGCGGGCACCAGUCCCCAGGUGCUGCAAUUACAGCUUCAGCAGCAACAGCAACAGCAACAGCAACAGCAGGCCCAGCUCCGGCAGCAGCAGCUAUUGUCCCAGCAGAUGGCGGCGGCGCAACCAAACCCUAACCAGCUGAACCCGGUGCUUCUGUUACAGCUCCAGCAGCAACUAGCUCAGGCACAGGCUCAACAACUUGGCCAAGUGCCUCAGCCGGCGCUGAGCCAGCCGUUGGUGGUGCCGAUCAUCAAGGAGGUGUGGAGCCACAACGUCGAACAAGAAUUCCACAAUUUGCGCAGUUUCAUCAGCGACAAGCUGUACGACGUGUUUAUCACCACUCACCAAGAGAUCCCGGGUAUUGUUGCUCGUCCCGUGGGGCAGUUCAAGCUGAGUCUGGACUACCACUUCCAGACGUUGAGACUGAACAGUGACUUGCUUAAUUUGAUCCAGCUCUCGUUAUGUAUCACGAGAAUUAAGUUAUCCGACACCGAGAAGACCGAUGAACCCGAAGUGCUGGCGCUGGUGAUCUGGCAGUUCAACUUUCUCUACGACCUUUCUAAGGAGAUGUACAACGAAGAGCACUUGCUGAUGCUUUCCCAGCUGGCCCAGAUCAACUUCGGCGCCCACAUGACCCAGGGGAUCCCCCACUUCACCUUCAGCGAGCUCAUGAUCGAGCUGGGGUUGUUGUUGGACACCCUGAUCAACUGGAUCCUGUACCACGCCGGCUACGACCUCGGCUUCUUCAUCAGCUUGCUUAUAAACGACGACUUGCCCGUUGACGAAACUGAGUUCUUCUGGUGGUGUCAGAAAUACUUCCCCAACUUCUACGACCUUAAAUUUAUUGGCGGCCAGUUGCUCGCCCCUACAAAGAACGGCAGCGCCGAGGAGCUGAAAACCAAGCCUCUGAUCGAGUACUUGGCCGAAGAACUCCACUUGUUGCCGAUCCCUCCCGCUAUUCGCCAGCACUUCAGCGCCCAGUUCCCGCUGCCCCAGCAGCUGAUGACGCUGACGUUAAACGCCUAUCUUUCGAUGGAAUGCUUCAAAGAGCUCGUGAAACAGCUGGGGAUCUCGAUGUCGGUGUUGAGCCAGUACAAGGGCCACAUCUGGGGUUUAGGGCUGGUGACCGGGGAAGCGGCGGAGGUGCCGCUCGCCAACGGCACCCCGUCGACCCCGGCCCUGGCCAAAGCCGGCCUCGUCCACUUUGGUCGGCCCUUGUAA